UUUAGUCAUGCUUCGCCUCUCUAUAUAUCAACUGAAUGAUAAGUCAUAGCAGGAAAAGUGAUUAUGGUUCAGUUUUCACUAAGAUGUUACCUCCUCCACCGCAAGGCAAUAAAUCGGUCAUUGCGCUAUUAUUUACAUCAAUUGCCACAUUAACUGGAGCAGUUUACUAUUUUUAUUUGACGGAAGUGCUUGGUGAGAAUAACGAGCGACACGAUAAGACAAAGAAAAAGUGACAGCAGCACCGUUUCUCAAACUUUGAACUUUUGCUCCAAAAAUAUUGAUUAAUUACUGAC